UAAAACAUCAGGACCACAUGCUGUCAACCUGUGGACACUGGAGGACCAUAUAGGACCAAGGACAGUGUCCAACCUGACGCCCUCAAAGCUCCAUGCAAACAUGCAUUUCUAUAUUAUUGGACUUUAUCUAAGACAGGGUUUUGUAAAAGGUCUGAGAGGAGAAUUCAUUUGUGGUUGACCCCUGGGCAGGUCACAUGUCUCUCAAACAUGACAGGAGACAGUGAGUCAAAAUGUAGUUUUAUUAUUCGAGCUUAUGUCUUAGUCACAUGAUGGAUAUUCCUCAUAAAGUUGUAUUUAGUUGCUGUUUCUGCAGCGGAGGACUGUUGAUCUGGACCUGAUGGAACUCUGAGAUGGCCCAACGGUGCACCUACAGCAGCGUCCAGAUCCCGGACCCUUACCGGCCCGGCAUCUGGACCACCUGCAUCAGGAUCACCAGUCCAACCUCCCUGAUCGGCUCCUCAUCCGGGCCCCCACCUGACUACGACCCUGGCAGCAGGGUUACAGUCACUCCAACCAGGAGCACGGCGGGUCAACGCUUCACCUGGAAGAGUUUCUUCAUCCAGGACCCCAACCGGCCUGGCAUCCCCCGGCUCAUCCUCCGUAGGACCCCAGCCUCAGAACCCAGGACUGGCUCCUCAGCUCUCUGUGACCCUGGGUCUUCUGCUACUCCCCCUUCCUCUUCUUACUCCUCUUGUAUCUUCUUCUCUCCCUCUUCUUCAAGCUCCUCCUCUAGCUCCUCUUCUAGCUCUUCCUCUAAAUCCUCUUCUAGUUGCUCCUCUUGCUUCUCCUCUAAAUCCUAUUCUGUCUCCUCCUCUAGUUCCUCUUCUAGCUCCCCCUCUCCCUCUUCUUCCAGCUCCUCCUCUUCCUCUUCUUCAAGCUCCUCCUCUAGUUCUUCCUGUAGCGUCCCCCCAAGUUCCCCCCAAAGGCGAAGCAAGAGAAGCUCCUCUGAUCCACCUGAGGGACCAGGUGAGACCUCUUCAAGGUCGAGUCCCCGUAAACGACCUCGGGGACCCGGUGAGCCGUUGAAGGUAAGUCCACCUACACCAUCUCAGGUACCUGGUGAGCCGUUGAAGGUAAGUCCCAGUGGGCGCCGACCGUCAUGGGACCACCCUGAGCAGGAGUUGACAAACCAGUUUAACAGCUGGUGGUGCAACAGAGCAACUAAACCUCCAGGUAAUGUUAAGCACCAGAAACAAGAUGGUCCUAUAAAGGUUAGUCCUGCUAAAACGUCUCAGGGACCCGGUGGAACCUUCAGGGACCCGGUGGACCUGCAAAGUGAAGCUCCUCUGUGCAGAGAACUAAUAGGAUGGCCACACCAUGUCAGGAGGGUCCACAUGUCUGUCGCUGCCCACCCCAGUCUGACAAGAGUCCUCAGUGACAAGGAGAGGAGACAAGAGGAGAGGAGGUGGAGGGAGGUGUGGCUCCAGAGCGGCAACAUGGCACACCUGGUGUCACUCAUCAUCAAUCACCUUCUCCAUAUAAACCCGGUCACCACUCUGCUCCUGUGCCAGAUAAUUCUGUCUUGUUUGCGUGUGCCUCGUUCCCUACCUGAGGACCCUCUCGGCAUGGGACUGACUGUGGAUGGGCAGCAGACAGAUCAGGGCUCUGAAGGUAUUCCAGGUCUGGAUGGGAAGAGAGGGGAUCCCGGGCCUCCAGGACCUCCAGGACUUCCCACUCUCUACCUAUGGAAGAACUCUGAGGAGGACUGGACUGAUUUUAGGACUGUAAUGAGAGCUGAGGUAGCUGGAGAUCUAGAUCUCAUGCCUGGUCAGGCCCUGUGCUAUGCUUUUUGA